AUGAAUCAAAGUGAAGUUAAUGAAGAACAUUCACCUCAUAAUUCAGAAUAAGCAUCUUAAAAUAUUUCUUAGUUUUUGUAACGUGACUAUUAUGAGAAAUUUAAACUAGGUUAGAAUCUUUAUGAAUAAUCAAUAACAUUAUCAAGAUUAUCAUUAGGAGAAAAAACAAGUGAAGAUUAUAAUAAUAAUACUUGCAUAGGAUUAAUACAUAUUUAAGAACGUUUAUCAGAUGAGAUUUGUAAAAACCAAGUAAUUAAUUGACUACAAUUAGCUAGUUGUUAGAGAAUAAAGUUACUUAACUAACUAAAGAUUUAUAGGCUGCUAUGGAGCAUACAACAAUUCUCUAAAAAUAAAAUGAAAAUUAUGUUCAAAUGCUACAAGAAGCUAAUAUGAAAUUUUAAAAGUAGAUAAAGAAUUAUGAAAUAGAAAAAAUGUUAAAUUAGUAAUUAAUGAAAAAAAAUUAAGAAUUAUUAGAAGUAAAUAAGUAUAAUCUUAAUCUAACUAGUAAUUAUAAAAAAUAAGUAUAAAGUAUUGAAAAGAAGAAAUAACUAUAGAAUUUUUCUGAUUGUAAAAAGAUAAUAUUAUCAAAAUGCCAUUAAAAAUCUAAUUAAUCAAUUUGUUCUUCUAAUAGAAAUAAAGAAAAAUAAAAUUAAGGCAAUACUGAAGAAUCAACAGUAAAAGAUUCUUCUUUUAGUGAAAUGAAAUCAAAUGAUAAUUAGAGAUUUGCUGAAUCUGCUCAACAAUUUUAUAAGUCCUAAAAUUUUUGGUCUCCGAAUAAAUAGACUUCUCCAAAAGAUUAAAAUAUAAAUCUUGUAAAAUAAGUUGAAUUUACUUUAAAAUAAAUAAGAGCCAUAAAAAAAUAAAUUUAACAAUUAAAUAAAAAAUGA